CUGGUAGCGUCACAGCUGGGAAAUUCUGUAAUGCAUAAUGAAUUAGUAGUGUUGGGCGAAAUUCGGGUUUUCUAACUUCCGGUGAGUAUUGAAUGCAGCACAAUUUUGAGAGAGCAUCGUUCCUCCUACAGUCGAAGCCAUAUGAGGUGAACCGGUUUGCCUGCGGACACAGUAGACACGUUGUGGGUAUGCCAUACGAUGAUAUCGUCGUUUACGGGCUACGAAGCAAAUUUAGGUUUUGAAAAAAAAAGAAUGGGUCAAUUGAGUUGGGCUAGCUGUUAGCUAGCUAGGCCGAUGUAGUUAUUGAAAGAGGUAAUGCAUUUAAUGUUGUUUCGCAAUUUUUAGCUAGCACUGCAGGCUACGUGGACUAAAUUGUGAAUCGUCGGGUAGCUUUUUUAGCGACAAACAUGGAACAGUGGAGGGACGCGGCCUCUCAGCAGGCCAAACUGCUCGCAAUUCGGGUGAAUGAAUUGUUGUCCAAGGGCCAGGAGUUUUUGCGAACCGAGAUCGGAGUGGAUCUUGCGCUCAGGCCCGAGCUCAUUCCGCCAUGGGUGAUCCUCCUUGCGGUGUGCGCCGGCUUCGUGCUCAUGCUUGCAAUAUGGGCCUCGAUGUGCCAGGCUCUCUUCAAGAAGCGGCCUGCAAUCACCGUCGUGCAGGACACCGUCGAGGUAAAACCAAGUGCCAGUAAACCUGUCAAAUCGGAGGAGCCCAAGAAGAAGAAGAAAAGGCCAGAAAAGAAAGUCCAGCCAAAUGGAAGAGCUGUCACUGACGCACAGGACGAAGACGCCAUAGUUAGUGGAGCUAGAGUGCCACAUCAACAGCCACCUCCUCCAGAAACCAUGAGUGAAAAAGCUGUAGAGACAAAGUCCAAGAAGAAAGUCAAACAGGCAGUGAAGGAGAUGGUGAAAGCUGUUGGAAAGGAGCCAGAGGGAGGCACAUGGGAGACUAAGGUCAGCAACAAGGAAAAACGGGAAAAACGCAAGAAGGACAAGAGUUCCAGCGAUGGCUCCGCCAGUCCUGGUGGUGGUGGUGGUGGCAGCACUCCUGUGAGCCCUACUCCAGAGCAGCGCAAAGCCUCAGCUACUCCAGAGCAGCGCAAAGCCUCAGCUACUCCAGAGCAGCGCAAAGCCUCAGCUACUCCAGAGCAGCGCAAAGCCUCAGCUACUCCAGAGCAGCGCAAAGCCUCAGCUAAUCCAGAGCAGCGCAAAGCCUCAGCUAAUCCAGAGCAGCGCAAAGCCUCAGCUAAUCCAGAGCAGCGCAAAGCCUCAGCUAAUCCAGAGCAGCGCAAAGCCUCAGCUAAUCCAGAGCAGCGCAAAGCCUCAGCUAAUCCAGAGCAGCGCAAAGCCUCAGCUAAUCCAGAGCAGCGCAAAGCCUCAGCUAAUCCAGAGCAGCGCAAAGCCUCAGCUAAUCCAGAGCAGCGCAAAGCCUCAUCUGCUCCAGAGCAGCGCAAAGCCUCAUCUGCUCCAGAGCAGCGCAAAGCCUCAUCUGCUCCAGAGCAGCGCAAAGCCUCAUCUGCUCCAGAGCAGCGCAAAGCCUCAUCUGCUCCAGAGCAGCGCAAAGCCUCAUCUGCUCCAGAGCAGCGCAAAGCCUCAGCUGCUCCAGAGCAGCGCAAAGCGUCAUCUACUCCAGAGCAGCGCAAAGCCUCAUCUACUCCAGAGCAGCGCAAAGCCUCAGCUGCUCCAGAGCAGCGCAAAGCCUCAGCUGCUCCAGAGCAGCGCAAAGCCUCAGCUGCUCCAGAGCAGCGCAAAGCCUCAUCUACUCCAGAGCAGCGCAAAGCCUCAUCUACUCCAGAGCAGCGCAAAGCCUCAGCUGCUCCAGAGCAGCGCAAAGCCUCAGCUGUUCCAGAGCAGCGCAAAGCCUCAGCAGCCACGCCAUCUGUCAACCAGAAGAAGAAAAAAGGAGAGUCGUCAAAAGUGACAGCAGAGAAGUGUAAUGCUGCUGUAUCUCACGUUAACAACAUUGAGGCACCAUUAGUAGCAGCAGGUGUUGUGGCUGACAGUCAAGCUGUCAAGGUUCCUCACACUGUUGCUCCAAAGACUCGAGGCUCGUGGAUUGCCACAAGAGAACCAGCGCCACUGUGGAAGACAGACAUUGAUGAGUCAUGGACUGUGAUUGAUCGUGUUCCAGCUGAUCUAGUUUCCUUUACUAAUCUGGGUGUUGCCACAGCUGAUCCGCAGCUGGUGGAUAAAGCACCAUGGCUCAGUCAGCCCAAAGUAGAUGAUGAGUGGUCAGGAUUCAAUGGUGUUUCAGCAGAUCCCAGCUCUGACUGGAACGCCCCUUCUGAAGUUUGGGGCAACUAUGAAGAGCCCAGACCUCAGCCCACUCCUGUUCAGGAGCAGCCUCGAAGUGCUAAACCUAAAUCUAAACCUAAUCUACUGAGUUUAGCUACUGAGGAGCAGGAUGAUGAAGAUGAAAAGCACAAUGGAGAGGCUGCUCCUGAUGGAGCUGCUAAAAAUAAAAAGAAGAGAAAGAAGAAGAAAAAGGCAGCAGAGGAGGGAGAACUAGGCCAGGUUGAAGUACCAGAGAAGAAGUUGGAGCCUACAGCCCCAUUGAAGGAGGAGAAGGAGAAGAAAAAGAAGAAACAGAAGCAGCAGCCGCCUGCUCAGGAGCAUCCUCCUCCUGUUGAGGUGCGACUGGAGCGACCAGCGAAGGUCAGCACAUCUCGGAAACCUCUUGCCACACAAGUGCCACUGAAGCAACCUGAGGGACAUACCACAGUUCAGAUCAACGUUCCUGCUCCAACCCAACAAAAAACAGAGGAAAUCCAGGCCGCCAAGCUGUCUAAGAAGAAGAAGAAGGCAAGGAGGGAGACAUGAGUCCGCUUUGCAGUCAACCAUAUGCAAAAGACUUGACAUCCUGAUUAUGCAACUUUUAAAUAAAAGAACUCGGACCUACGGUCACCUGGAUGGACUUCAAACACCGACUGAAAAAUGAGAUCAACAUUUUAUACAGUCGUUACGUCAUGGAAAAGUAAACCUAGAAGCAGCGUAAUCUAAUGUCAUGCUUUGUGAAUUAAUUUUUAAACAUGCUUUUGAUACUGUAUUGUAAUUCCAUUGAUUGAACUAAGUGAAGGAGCUAGUCAAUUAGAAAUAUAGAUGUAAAGAAAUUGUAUUAUUGUGGUUACUAUGAGGUUACUCAGUAUGACAACAUUAUGCUGAACUGGCCUUUCGUUUUGUCGGCUGUAUGGUGAGCAUCAUUGAAGGAAAAAGGUCCGAUGUUAAUUUGGACAUUUUGACUCCUUGUGUGUACAUGUCUAUUCUUAUUUUUCAUAAUCUGUGAGAUUUCAGCAGACUCUGUCCAUGCGGUUUAUCAAUUUGUCUGUGUACUGAGACUGCCAAUCCUUUCCAGUUUUUACAACAUACUGUAAUAUGCUCUCUGGGUGGAGCCAUGUUGGACCCUCUGACUGAAGAUGCACCAGGUCUUCAACCUCUUCCUGACUUUCCAACUGUAAUUGAUUCUAAAGUCUAAAGAUUCUUUUGUUUAAAAAAGGUGGUUGGUAAUAAAAGUAAAGCAAAAGCCA